AUGGUCUAUCAUGAAUAUACUACCAGUACUACUCCAACAACCAGUAAUAUUCAAACUUCCAGUCCAGAUGCUAGUGCCAGUACUACUCCACCCACUAGUACCAGUACCACUCCAACCACCAGUAAUAUUCAAACUUCCAGUCCAGAUGCUAGUGCCAGUACCACUCCACCCACUAGUACCAGGACUACUCCAACAACCAGUAAUAUUCAAACGUCCAGUCCAGAUGCUAGUGCCAGUACCACUCCACUCACCAGUACCAGUACCACUAAAGCUUCAAAAAUGGAGACUAGUGCCAUUACUACUCAAACUACAAAAACGGAGACUAUUUCCAGUAGUCCUCAAACAUCCAGUCCAGAUGCUAGUACCAGUACCUCUCCACCCACCAGUGCCGUUACUACUCAAAGUGCCGUAACGGUCACUAGUGUCAGUACUACUCCAUCUACAACCAAACCAGGUCAGUGUACACAUGAAGUCGCCAUUGGAAUACAGAGUAAGGCUAUUAUUUCUGGUUCCUCCAUCACAGCCAGUAGAAACAACAACAGUGCAAGUAAAGCAAGACUCAAUGGUCGUGGAGGAUGGUUGAUAAGAUGUUACCGGAAUUUUCCAUGUAAUAAUCAAUGGAUACAAGUGAAUGUGGGAAAGAUCGCGAAGAUUACCGGUAUUGACACACAAAGCAAGUACCAGUCGUGCUACACAAAGAAAUACAGGCUUUCUUACAGCAUUGAGGGAAUUACAUUCAUUGAUUACAACAAUAGCCAAGUCCUCAACGGGAACAAAGACAGGUAUUUCAUUGUUCAUAACGACCUAACGCCAGCCAUUACAGCAAGAUAUUUACGAAUUCAUCCUCUGAAGAAAAAUGACAUGUCUGGGUGUGUCGGAUUGAGAAUGGAACUUUACGAAUGUAAAGACGAUGAAGGUCAGUGUAAACAUAAUGAUGAACCCAUUGGAAUACAGAACAAAUCUGUUAUUCCUGAUAAGUACAUCACAGCCAGUACAAGCGAAGAAGAUGCAAGAAAGGCAAGGCUGAAUGAUCCUAAAGGUUGUCAAUUGGAUUGUUCAUCACGGCGGAGGACAACAUGUGGUGAUCAAUGGUUGCAAGUCAAUGUGGGAAAGAUUGCAAAGAUUACUGGUAUUGCUACACAAGGCGUCAAACAUGAUGCACAUUGCUGUUGGAUGGAAAAGUACAGACUUUCCUACAGCAAUGGAAGUCAAUUCACUGMUUACAAACAAGUCUUCAACGGGAACACAGACAGUGAUACAACUGUUUACAACGUGAUUGCACCAGCCAUUAUAGCGAUUUAUGUACGAAUUCAUCCUCUAACAGACUAUUACAAGUCUGUUUACGUUGGGCUGAGAAUGGAGCUCUAUGAAUGUAAAGAAGAUGAAGCAAUAUGUUCGUAUGCGCUUGGGAUGGAAAGUGGAAUGAUUUCAGACACCCAAAUUACAAAUUCGUCAUACCAUUCUUAUCCAGCAUCCAAUGCAAGGCUGAAUUAUCAUGAUUCAUGGAUCCCCAGUGAUAACAACAAUGAAUGGCUUCAGAUCAGUUUCAAUCAAAUAAAAAAGGUCAACGGCAUUGCAACACAGGGGGAUUCCUACCAUGACAAUGAUAACCACUGGGUGAAAAAAUAUCGUCUUCAGUACAGUAAUGACACUAAUGACAACCUCAAUGAUUACAGCCUUGAUGAUGGUAAACCAGUAAAAUUCGAUGGAAAUUUUGACCGCAACAGUAUCGUCUACAAUGUCAUCCUCCCCCCAAUAAUCGCACAAAUAGUUCGUAUUGUACCAACUGAAUGGGAAGAUGAUGUCGGUCUGAGGGUUGAACUGUAUGGAUGCCCAUAUAAGGGGGCCUACGAUGGAUCGAAAUAACAUGUGAUCAGAACUUGUAUGGCAUAAAAUUCACUCAAGGAGCUUCUGCAAUUGUGCAUUUAGUAUUCAUAAACUACUGCGGAUAAAGUGUUUAAUAGAGUGACACGGCAGACGAAACAAAGGGCCACCGUAACUUAAUCUUAUGAUGACUCAACUGAAACUUGAAACACAAAGUCCCGCCUUGAAAUUGAAGUUUGUAGUCUUCCUCAACUUAAGAGAUGACCUGUCAGCAUAUUUACUAUAGAAUAUAUGUACUUUAUUAAACCAUCGAUGUUAAGUGAUGCUUCAUGACGACUUUGCGAGUUGUUUGCAGUAGAACAAAACUCAAACCAGCUCGAUUAUCAUAACCAUUUUCUUUUCUAUUUCUAUAUUUUAGUGUUAGAUUGUUUUUGGUCAGGUCUCUGCACAUGAGAGCCUGUUGUCAACUAAAUCAGCGGUUGUUCGCUUUGAACGGGUAAAAAAGUAUUAUCUGUUUUAAUAACUCCAAGAGGAAAUUUGAAUUAAGGCACACAAAUAUCUUGGCUAAGAUUGAAAAUGGCAUUUGAGUCAAUUUCAUCUGUCUGUGAAAUAGGAAUUGUACUAUUAAAUACUA